GACUGGUCUCCCAAUCACAUUAAUUCAGGAACUAUCUAAUGCUAGGGCCAGACCAGAUCAAAACACAGUGCGCUACAAAAAUGCAAGGGGCUUCUGCUUCCUCAUCUCUGUUUCAGAUGGGAUCCAGAAGCUCUCCAAGUAUGGUAUCAUCACCAGUUUUCCCUGUGCUGUUGGGAGUUUUUGCUUAGAAGACAACAUGGAGAUCUAACUGUAUCAGAAUUUCUUGAACUAGGUUUGUUGCUAGAGGGAUUUGUGACCUGACACCUCUAUUUGUUCUCAGCUCGCUUGUCACAGAUACAAGCUCUCCUAGUUUUACCAGCUCAACUGGUAAAUGUGUUGACAUGUCUGACUGUAUACAUGUUGACUGGUAAACAUGUAUAGACAGGUUUCUGAAGUGCUAAAAAAAUUUGUAUCAUGUCACAGAUCUGAUUUACAACAUGACUGCCUAAUAUUUGAAACAGUCCACCUAGAAAGCAACAACAUGAGACAGGGAAGGAGGGAACCUCUUAAAUGAUGUUUGCAAAAGAAAUCAAAGUGGAACUGCAUCCCAGAUAAUACUUAUUUUCCAACUCAACAGAUGUGCUAAAGAGACAAUCUUCUUUGGCCAGAGUGCAGUUACGAUGGUUAUAGCAAAGCUCCCUAUUGCAUUUUAUCAAACAUCAAAGCUACUUUAAUUAAAGUCCUCCUCCUUUUUCCAUCUCUGAAUAUUUCCCAUUUUCCCUUCUCCCAGUUAUACCAGUGCAAGUUUGUGGGGCUGCAAAUGUGAAAGGGAUCCUACAGAGAAGCCACGUCAUUCAAGUCUAGCUAGAAAACAAGUAACAGAAGUUUCUAAUUUGCCUUCCUUCACCAUAUAUUCCUUCUUUAUUCCUCUAAAGCAAAAAUCACAGUAUUGCCAAUUUCUCUCUCAUGAGAUAUUUUCUAGACUGUGAGCCAUUGCUGUUAAUCAUCAGUGAAGUUCUUUAAACUUAAUUAAUAUUUCAUUUUUACAAUAAUGAAAGUAAUGCUUACUAGGUAUCCUUUUCAGUUUGAGUCCUCCAGCAAAAGAUGACAAAAUCUGAUAAAACAGAACGUGGGAGAGAAUACAGUAGGGAGGAGAUGCACUUACGGGCAAAAAAAGAGAAACAACUUUCACCACAGGUCGGGAAUAAAGCUUAACUUCUCCAUUUCUGUUACACCACCUCAAAUAACAAUAAUGUUAUUUUCGCCUCUUUGAAAAAAUAUACCUUAUGGUCAUUAACUUAUUUUAAAAAGGAAAUGUUAACACAGCAAAAGGAAGGGAAAACUUCCACUUCACCGCCUACACAAUUUCAUUGUAUGUAAAAGUAAAUGCAGCAACAGAUCUAUGCACUAUUUUCACUUUUUGUUGAUUUUGUUAUCGUAUAAGCAGGCCAAGUUUCCAAGGAAUUCAAAUACAUAUCAGAUUGCAUUUCCAGUUAUAUUGUAGCACAGAACAAAUAUUCCACUUGGUAUAUAAAGAAGUACUUAAAAAAGCAGCCAUUUGGUGAAACCAUAAAACUAGGCAGGUAAAGUUUCAGACAGCUUUUGUCUAUUUUCCUGUACAAGGCCUCUCUGCUAGCCCAUCUGCUUCAGUUGUAAUAUCUUGGUUACAGAAGAAAACACGGUUUGCCACACCGCUUACUGAAGAUAAUCAUGUUUCUCAGAGGUGCUCUGCUUGUAAUUCUCCUCUUCAGUGUUCUUUGGACAGAAACUACUCUGGCUGGCUCUAGUUUUUUAAGCCCUGACUAUAAGAAAAUACAGCAACGAAAGGAUCCAAGAAAGCCAACAACAAAAUUACACCGUCGAGGCGUGGAAGGUUUUUCGGAUACAGAUGAAGCAUGGGCAGAAGAUGACAAUAACAGUAUUGAAAUUAAGUUUAAUGUUCCCUUUGAAAUUGGUGUCAAGAUAACAGAAGAGCAGUAUCAGGAAUAUGGACAAAUGCUGGAGAAGGUGCUAGGGGACAUUCUUGAAGAGAACACUAAAGAAACUCAGAUGAAAAACUGAGGCAAGCUGAAGGACAAAGACAUCACCAACACUAUUCUGCCUGGAAUGUUUCAAGUUUUACUUUAAAAUGAAACUAUUACCGAUUUCACAACUGUAAGGAAGGAAGAUGUACAUGAGCCUGAAUAGACUGCUCUGAUAAAAAGAUGCUAACAGAUGAUCUUUUAUGGAAUACAAACAAGAAUAGCAAAGGGCAAGAUUAAUGACAGGCUGACACGUAGACUUGUUUUAUCUCUUUCUUGGGAAAAAUUGUGAUUAUUCUAAACUUGAAAGCUGUAUGAAUCCAUUCUAAAACUGAUGGAAACUUUUCUUACUCUUCUAUAUGCAUCCGAAAUAUAAUAAAGCUUAUGUUGAAACUGCA